AUGGGAAAUACUGACACUAAACUUAAUUUCCGGAAAGCAGUUAUUCAAUUAACCACGAAAACACAGCCUAUUGAAGCCAAUGAUGAAGCAUUUUGGGAACAGUUCUGGUCUGAAAGUGUGACUUGUAUACAGGAUGUGUUUACAUUGAUUCCGGCAGCUGAGAUAAGAGCCUUGCGUGAAGAAUCACCAUCAAAUCUAGCUACAUUUUGUUACAAAGCUGUAGAAAAAUUAGUGGCAGCUGCAGAAAGUGGUUGUCCUUCACAAAGAGAACAACAGACAGUAUUGAACUGUGUAAGGUUAUUGAUAAGAAUAUUACCAUAUAUAUUUGAGGAUCCUGAUUGGAGAGGAUUUUUCUGGUCAACUUUACCAGGCCAAUCAGAAGAUGGAGAGGUAUUUAAGAUAAACAGUAAACUUUCUCUAUUUCAGGAUCUGUUAUUCUGUCCAGACUUUACUGUGGCUUCAUCUAGAAAGACUGGUCCUGAUAACCCAGAAGACAUGCAUUCUAUAGAUAGUUGUGAAUAUAUUUGGGAAGCUGGGGUAGGAUUUGCUCAUUCUCCACCCCAUAACAGUUAUCAUGAUCAAAACAGAACAGAAAUCCUGAAAUUAUUGUUAACAUGUUUCUCAGAAACCAUGUAUCUUCCUCCAAUAGCUGAUGCUCAUGUCCAUCCUAAUCAAUGGAUUCAAUUCUUUUCCUCAACUGAAAACAGACAUGCUUUACCAUUAUUUACCUCCAUGUUGAAUUUGGUAUGUUCCUAUGACCCAGUAGGUUAUGGUGUUCCCUAUAAUCAUCUGAUGUUCUCAGAUCAUCGUGAGCCUCUAGUAGAAAUAGCCUUACAAGUGUUAUGUGUUACUAUGGAAAAUGAUAGUAACACAGCUCAGAAUGUCUCUGUGGAUGGAACUGGUAACAAUCUGUUUGUCAAUUAUUUAUCUAGAAUUCAUAGAGAAGAGGAUUUUACUUUCAUACUGAAAGGUAUAACUAGAUUAUUAAAUAACCCUCUAGCUCAGACAUAUUUACCAGGCUCUACUAAGAAAGUACAAUUUCAUCAAGAACUGUUGGUUUUAUUCUGGAAAAUGUGUGAUAUAAACAAGAAAUUUAUGUUUUAUGUAUUAAAAAGUAGUGAUGUAUUAGAUAUAUUGGUACCAAUAUUGUAUUUCUUAAAUGAUGCCAGAGCUGAUCAAUCUCGUGUUGGUUUGAUGCAUAUUGGAGUAUUUAUAUUAUUAUUGUUGAGUGGAGAGAGAAAUUUUGGUGUAAGACUCAAUAAACCAUACUCUGUUAGAGUUCCCAUGGAUAUACCAAUAUUUACUGGUACCCAUGCUGAUUUCCUCAUUAUUGUAUUCCAUAAAAUUAUAACAACAGGUCACCAAAGAUUACAACCUCUAUUUGAUUGUCUUCUUACUAUUAUUGUUAAUGUUUCUCCCUAUUUGAAAACAUUAUCAAUGGUUGCUAGUACCAAACUACUACAUUUAUUGGAAGCGUUCAGUACACCGUGGUUCUUAUUUGCGAGUCCUACCAAUCAUCAUUUAGUCUUCUUCUUACUAGAAGUAUUUAACAAUAUUAUACAGUACCAAUUUGACGGUAAUUCCAAUCUAGUCUAUACCAUCAUCAGAAAGAGAAACGUGUUCCACCAGCUAGCCAACUUACCAGUUGAUCAUUCAGCUAUAGCUAAAGCCAUGACCAAGAGAGGCAAGAAGUUUGCUGCUCCUCCUCAAGAUACUCGAGAUCCUCAGACUAUGGAAGGAGCUUUACCUGCUGCUGAAGCUGAACCUGGAACUCUCAAGACUUCUUUAGCUGCUACUCCACGUUUAGACAAAAUGACAGAGAAAUCAGCCCCAGAUGAGAACCAUAAAACACCCACAUUGAAAGAGAUAGCUGAAACUGGUGUAGCUCAAAGUGUACAGCCAGCAAAUGAAAUACAAGAUCCUAUUGAAGAUACCAGUAAAGCUGAAAGUGAUAUCAAGCCAAAAUCAGACCAAUCACCAACUCAUGUAACUGGUAACUGGGUUGCUUCACCAGAAUGGGUUCAAUCAUGGAAACAGAAAUUACCAUUACAAACUAUUAUGAGAAUGUUACAAGUUUUAGUACCUCAAGUAGAAAAGAUCUGUAUUGAUAAAGGGUUAACAGAUGAAAGUGAGAUAUUAAAAUUUUUACAACAUGGUACUCUAGUUGGUUUGUUACCAGUACCACAUCCAAUAUUGAUCAGGAAGUACCAAGCUAACAGUGGCACUACUAUGUGGUUUAGAACAUACUUAUGGGGAGUCAUCUAUCUCAGAAAUGUUGAUCCCCCAGUAUGGUACGAUACCAAUGUUAAACUAUUUGAAAUACAAAGAGUCUAA